GAUUCCACGUAUGACGCGCCAAUGCGGAAGUGAACCACCGCAGUAGAAGAAAGAUGGCAGCUCACAGGUGCAGCUACUCGGCUCUGUUACUUAUUGUUUGUAGUUUAUCAGUGUUUAGUGUCGCAGACAGUCAAGAAACGACACUCGCUGGUGAUCACCAUGACACUGCGGUCGAUGAUAAUCCACGAACUGAUACAGUAACAGCCGAACAAACGGCUGAGCAGCCUGCGGUGGAUCAGAGGCGGUGGGAAGCAACUGAGGUUGAAGAAGCGACUCUGGAUGAUGCUGAUACCGACACACGGGACUCUAUUCCCCCUGAAACUGCGGUCCCCUCCUCGGUACCACACCCUAAAGAUGAUUUUCAGGAGGAAUUGGUCAUCAGACCGCUGCACUCAGGAGAUAUUUAUGCCAGCUUCCAGUUCCGCACCCUGUGGGAGACUGACUUCAUGAGAGGAAACAAAGUGUCCCACUACCGGCUCUUUCCCAAGUCUCUGGGCCAGGUCAUCUCCAAGUUCUCAGUGCGAGAGCUGCACAUCUCCUUCACGCAGGGCUACUGGAGGACCAUGCAGUGGGGGCAGCCCUUUCAGCCGUCCCCUCCUGGAGCUGAACUCUGGGUGUGGUUCCAGGACUCUGUGACAGAUGUCGAUGGCACGUGGAAGGAGCUGACUAAUGUUUUGUCUGGGAUCUUCUGCGCUUCACUGAACUUCAUUGACUCCACCAACACUGUUCAGCCCAGCGCAUCUUUCAAACCGCUGGGUAUAGGCAAUGUGACAGACCACCGCUUCCUUCGCUAUGCCAUCCUCCCACGAGAGAUUGUUUGCACUGAGAAUUUGACUCCCUGGAAGAAACUCUUGCCAUGUGGAUCCAAGGCUGGUCUCGCUGUCCUGUUGAAGUCAGAGAAACUCUUCCACAGCAGUUUUCAUUCCCAAGCAGUGCACAUCAGACCCGUGUGCCAGGACUGGCAAUGUAAAACCACGUCCUGGGAGCUGAGACAGACGCUGAAUGUUGUCUUUGACCUGCACACCCCUGGACAAGGCAAACGAGAGUGGUCUCUGUUUAAGAUGUUCUCUCGGACCCUGACAGAAGCGUGUCCACUGGCCUCCUCCAGUAAGAUCUACAUCGACAUCACAGACGACCCUCAGGGGGAGCAGUUUGAGGUGAGCCCGGCCACUCCCCUGCUGAGCCAGGCGAUGGUGCUGGGGGACAGACGAACCUUCUCCGUCUACGAUCUGACACAACAACUCACCUUUGGCACCGCGCGCUCCCUCAACCUGCUGAUCCGCUGGAAAUCCAGUGAGGGAGAGAUGCUGCGUCCCCUGCUCCACGCUGAGCGCUAUGUGGCUGGUUACGGGCUGCAGACGGGAGAGAUUCACACGCUGAUGUACAACAACCACCCCUACAGGUCUUUCCCUGUGCUGCUGCUGGACUCGGUGCCUUGGUACCUUCGCCUCUACAUCCACACCCUCACUGUGACCAGCAAGGGAAAGGACAACAAACCCAGCUACAUCCACUACCAGCCGUCUAAGGACCGUGUGAGGCCCCACCUGCUGGAGAUGCUCGUCCAGCUUCCUCCCAACUCCGUCACCGAGGUCACAGUGCAGUUUGAGAGGGCUCUGCUCAAGUGGACCGAAUACACCCCCGAUCCCAACCACGGCUUCUAUGUCGGGUCUUCAGUAAUCAGCUCUCUUGUACCAAGCAUCGUCGCCAUGGAUACAAACAGCACUCAGGAACGUCCACUUUUCAGCAGCUUUUUUCCCUGUAAAGAGGAGUCCAGCUACUUCGUGCGCGUCUACACAGAGCCUCUGCUGGUCAACCUGCCGACUCCAGACUUCAGCAUGCCUUAUAAUGUCAUCUGCCUGACCUGCACUGUAGUGGCCGUGGGCUACGGCUCCCUCUACAACCUCCUGACCCGGAGCUUCCAGAUAGAAGAGCCCAGCCCGGGAUUGGCCAAGCGGAUAGCCAACGUCAUCCGCAAGAUGAGGGGCGUUCCUCCUCUCUGAGGCCGGACACGGACGCCAACUGGCUCUACUUUAUAGAAAGGACGUUUUCCUCUUGGUGAAACCACUGGUAGACAUGUGAUAUUCAGGGAAGAACUGAGUCAAGCACUGGUAUGAAUGUCAAUGUGAAGGUUUUGUUUUCAAAUGGAAGACGACAAAUCACAAACAUAAAUUUAUUCAGGAUCAUUUCCUGACGGCUAAGGACAAGAAAAUAUAGACAUUUCUCUACCUGGAUGGAAAGUAAGAGCUUUGUUGUUUUGACGAGGAACCAAAGCGAUGCAGUAUGCUGCUAUAGUAACUGUAUCUCUGUGGUUUGCUUUGAUUAUUUCUUGUUUUUCUGGAUUUUAGAAGCCAUAACUCCACAACAUCAUUAUAUAGCACAAUGUCUCUGAGACAUUUUGUUUCGUUGAAGGAUGUUUCUACAAAUAUAUGAGACUGGUGGCCUCACACAGCAUUACAAAGCCUCAGAGCUUGUUCUCAUACUGCGUUCCUGACACGUUGAUGCUAACUCCCGGCUAGGAAAGAUCAAAUAUAAUCUUAAUCGGUCAGAAUGUCACAUUUCCUCAAGCCCAACUAAGACAGGAUAUCAAGUAACUUUCCACGUCCAAACAUAAAUGAACACAGCAUCAGUCUAACUAAGGGACAUCCAGUGGUAUGUCUUCUUUUUUUAAAUAGUUAAUAGGCACAUGUUUUAUAGUAGUUUUAAUAUAUGAGAAAAGAAGACGUGCCCACAAAAUACUGAGAAAGUAGCAUUGCUUGUCUGGAACUUGUUCUAUUAAAAAAGGAACAGCACUCUUACCUAACAUUUAUUUUGCACUUGUUGGUUAUGGGAUGCAUGCUUGAAUGUUAAACGCGAUUGUCUGCAGGUCUCUUCAUAAAUAAUUGCCUUUUUAGUUUGUCGGCUUAAUUAAUUCACUCAUUAGUUCAAUGCACUCUCUGUGUGUGUCGUAUAGCGAAUAGAAGUCUGUCAUUAUGGAAAUGAGCUUACCCUCCCAUGAAAUACUACCAUGCAUUUGUUUGUCAAACUUCUUGUUAUGUUUGUCUGUCUAGAAGUCCAUUCUGGUUCACUUGCUGGGAAAAAGUGCACAGAAUGUGAAUGUUUGAAGCGGUACUGAGUGUGUGUGUGUGUUGUGUGUGUGUGAGAGAAAAUGUGUGUUCUUUUAUUGCUUUUCAAUAAACUGCAACAUCUUUCCUGUAA